ACUUCCUUCAUAUCAGCAGGUCAUGAUUGAAGACAAUAAUUUGUCCUCUGCUUGUUUUGUUGGGCAGACCUCCUCUCUGACAGCAAACCGUCCUCGGCCCUCAAUCGUCAAUCCUCGGCCAGCAUCCGUCUUCCUAUAAAAUGUCCAAUGCCCAACCCUCUCCCGCACCCAGACCAUCGACCGCCCGCGCCCACGUGCAGCCCCCCACUCCCCACCAAAAACAAAUCCUGCAUCUGGAGCUGCUGGUGCUGCUUACGCCGCGAUUACAAACAAAAACGUCGAGCAUAUACCCCCCCUUGUCAUUACGCAUUCAUCCAGUCAAAAGCGUAAAGAAAGUUUAGGAAACAUAAGGAAGGACAAGGGCAGAGGAUGGCUACGAAUUCGGGACACCAUACGGUGUUUAAGGUGAUGGGACAGGAUUUCGUCGUGCAUGAUCGGUAUCAGAUUACGAAGGAGUUGGGACAGGGAGCGUAUGGGUUGGUCGUCGCCGCCCAAAACCUCGACUCCCCCCAAACUCCCAUCGCCAUCAAGAAAGUAACAAACGUCUUCUCAAAAUCAAUCCUCACAAAACGCGCCCUCCGCGAAAUCAAGCUCCUCCGACACUUCCGGGGUCACAAAAAUAUCACCUGCUUAUACGAUAUGGAAAUCGUGCCGGAUAGUCGGACGGGGAAGUGGGCGGAGGUGUAUUUGUAUGAGGAGUGUAUGGAGGCCGAUUUGCAUGCGAUUAUUAGGAGUGGGCAGGGGUUGACGGAUAGUCAUUAUCAGAGCUUCAUCUACCAACUCCUCUGCGGCCUGAAGUAUAUCCACUCAGCAAACGUCCUCCACCGCGACCUAAAACCCGGCAACCUCCUGGUAAACGCCGACUGCGAACUCAAGAUCUGCGAUUUCGGCCUCGCACGUGGAUACUCCUCCCACCCCGACACCAACGCCGGAUUCAUGACGGAAUACGUCGCGACACGCUGGUACCGCGCACCCGAAAUCAUGUUGUCGUUUCAGAGCUACACGAAGGCGAUCGACAUGUGGAGCGUUGGGUGUAUCUUGGCCGAGUUGUUGGGUGGGAAGCCGUUUUUCAAGGGGAGGGAUUAUGUGGAUCAGUUGAACCAGAUUCUGCAUUUCUUGGGGACGCCGGAUGAGGAGACCUUGUCGAGGAUUGGGUCGCCGAGGGCACAACAAUAUGUCCGCAACCUCCCAUUCAUGCCCCGUGUUCCAUUCACCCACGUCUUCCCCAACGCAAACCCCCUCGCCCUCGACCUCCUCUCCAAACUCCUAACCUUCGACCCCGCAAAACGCAUCACAGUCGAAGAAGCCCUCAAACACCCCUACCUCUCCGUCUGGCACGAUCCCUCGGACGAACCCACCUGCUCCCAAGAAUUCGAUUUCGGCUUCGAAAGCGUCCAAGACGUCGAUGAAAUGCGACAGAUGAUCCUUGAGGAAGUCGUCGAUUUCAGGAAAGUCGUGCGUAUGCCUCCGGAGCAGCAAGCUGCGUUGGCGGCGAAGAGUCGUGAGGAGAAAGAGAAAGAGAGGGAGUUGGCGAGGGCGAGGGAGAUGGAGAGGGAUGAGACGCCGAAGCCGGUGGAGGACUGGAUGAGGGAGCAGCAGCAGUAUCUCACGCAACAAGAACAACAACAAGAACUCUCACCACCCCCAGCUUACGCACACCCACACCGCCAAUACCAACACCAAAACACGCAGCCAAAGAGGCGUGAUUCGACCAUCGACCCAUCGAUCGCAAAACGCGGCUACACGCGCGAGGAACCGAGACCGAGGGAGGUAGUGGACGAAGCCUAUGAGAGUCUGGAAGCGAACGUGGCGUAUGAGGGAGACGAAAACAUGCUUGACGACGAUGUCUCUGACGCGAAGGCUAUGGAGAGGGAGUUGGCGUUGGGGUUGGAUGGGAGGGGUGUUCAUGUUCCGAUGCAGGGUGGGCAGGGGUGGGUUAGGUGGGGGCAAUAAUUGGAAAUGUGAUUGGCAAACGAGAGUGAGGAAUAUGGCUGUGGGAGAAAGACAAGUAUGGGUAUCGUGAAUGGGAAGGAAGUCAGGCAUACGCGACAUUGAAAUACGAAGGUUUGGCGGGUUGGGUAUACUCUAUGGAAUAAUAAGGCUUUGGUAUCGCUAUUCGUUUGCUGUCUCACGAUUCCUCGAGCUAUUAGGCAAGUUCGUUUGCUUGGCAUUAAAACGUAGUGAU